UUGCGUCAGUAUGAUUUUCUCGGCCUUGUUCUGUACGGUGUGGUUGUAGUUUUUUAAGCUACUGAAGCAUGUCGGGCCGCGGGAAGCAGGGAGGUAAAGUCCGAGCCAAGGCCAAGUCGCGCUCGUCGCGGGCCGGGCUGCAGUUCCCCGUGGGCCGUGUCCACCGGCUGCUGCGCAAGGGCAACUACGCGGAGCGGGUUGGGGCUGGAGCACCUGUCUACAUGGCGGCCGUGCUGGAGUACCUGACGGCCGAGAUCCUGGAGCUGGCGGGCAACGCGGCCCGCGACAACAAGAAGACGCGCAUCAUCCCCCGCCACCUGCAGCUGGCCAUCCGCAACGACGAGGAGCUCAACAAGCUGCUGGGCAAGGUGACCAUCGCGCAGGGCGGCGUGCUGCCCAACAUCCAGGCCGUGCUGCUGCCCAAGAAGACUGAGAGUCAUAAGGCAAAAAGCAAAUAAACUUACUGAGUAAAGCUGUUCAGGUUUUUCACAAUGUAACAAAACCCAAAGGCUCUUUUCAGAGCCACCCACACAGUCUGAAAAGAGUUGUGUUGCUUUUUUUUGCAAAAGUGUUUCGGUGUGGAAUGCUGCUUGCAUGCAGCUCUGUUGGGUAGCUGAAACCAUGUUCUGUGGCGAUGUCCUAAAUCUUUUGGUUUCUAUUUUAGUGGAGUGAUACAUUUUCUUUCUAACUCAUUCUUCUUAACGAAAGAACACUUCUUUUUCUUUGUAACAAUUCAUUGAUUUUGGUUUUUUAUUGUAACAAGGUCAGUAAACUACUUGUUUUCAAUCUUG